AUGCGCGAACCUGACGAGUGUUCUCAGGAAUUGUCACUUCGCGACGAGUCCGUCCUGCUUACGGACACGAUUCGACGUACUCCAGUAUUCUUGAGCAUCUUCGCUCUCCCAACGUCGAUACGCUGGGAAGUUCUCUCAAUCCCAUCAACAGCUUCGAUUCUUCCCGAGUAA